CUUUUGCACACCACCACUUUCUUCAUCCCCUCUCUCUCUCUCUCUCUCUCUCUCUCUCUCUCACAGACACAUUCUCUGAUUCUGUGGGAGUGUGUAUUCCAUCUCUCUCUCCCCCCCCCUCCCUCCCUCCCUCCCUCCCUCACUCUCUCUCUCUCUCUCUCUCUCUCUCUCUCUCUCUCUCUCAGGGUAUAGACUCAACAGUCCCCACAAAGCAACCCAACACUACAUUCUACUUACGCACAGACUCUCUUUUCUCUCUCUAAAUCCACAACAAUGCACACACACUUCCCCAUCUAUCUAAGCUUCCUCCUCUUCCUCCUAUCCUGCGCACCCCAAUCCUCAACCUCCACCACCACCGCCACCGCCCACAACCGCCGGAUCCUCCACGAACCCUUUUUCCCAGUGGACUCCGUCCCCCCAUCUCAGCCACCGUCUCCUCAACCCACAACCCCCAAAGUGCCAUUUUCCACUUCUACCCCCAACCAGCAGCCCUUUUUCCCAUCCUACCCUUCCCCUCCUCCGCCUCCUGCGUCUCCCUCCUCCUACGCUUCCUUCCCCGCCAACAUCUCCUCCCUCAACCUCCCCCACACUUCCAGAUCCAAACACAACUCCAAACUCGUCGCCGUCGCCGUCGCCCUAGUCGUCUCCGCCGCUGUCGUCGCCGCCCUUGCCAUAUUUCUGACCAUCCGAAGACGGAGAAAAAGGAGCUUCAAUAAUGACAAGACUGACAGAUCCGAUAAUGGUAACAGAUUGGUGAAUGUUGCUGCUAAUGGGAAUCACAAGCAGCAAAGAUCGCGUCCCCCUAGCUCUGAGUUUCUUUAUCUUGGUACACUUGUUAAUUCUCGUAGUGGAAUCGACGCUCAUGUUGCUCACAAUAAUAGUGGCGGCGGCGACGUGGUUUUGAGAAAAUUGGACUCGCCGGAGCUCCACCCUCUUCCGCCUCUAAGCAGGCAACAUAAUUACGGAAAUGCUGAUGUGGGUUCUGGUGGGGACGAGGAAGAUGAGGAGUUUUACUCUCCCAGAGGGUCUCCGACCGGUCACGAGAGCUCCAUCGGCACCGGAUCGGCCUCGAGGAGAGUGUUUGCGAACGUAGCAGUGGAGAAUUUUGACAGGAGAAGCUGUGGAUUAAGUUCUUCUUCUUCUUAUUCGUCUUCGAGUUCGGGUUCACCCACUCGAUCAAUCUCUAUAAGCAUUUCUCCACCGGUCAGUUUGAGUCCAAUAAGCUCGAGACCGAAGUCGCCGGAAUUGGUCGCAGUUCAGGCUGUUCCGCCUCCUCCACGGCCUCCUCCGCCACCACCGGUUAUGAUCCAAUUGGCUGAUAAGAGGAAUUCAGCUUCUACUUCGCCGUCUUCCUCAUCAUCGGAAGGAUCUUUGGAGGAAAGACUAGACUCAUCACCGAGAAAAUCAAAUGUUUCGGAUCAAAAUGUGGAGUCUCCGGCGAGAAUUGGGAGCACUAUUCAGCGGCCUGUGGCUGUUUCUGUUCCAACACCACCGCCAAUGCCACCACCACGACACUGGGAAAGUCCGGUGUCGACUCCCUCAAUUCGUCAGACAGUUCUGAAACCACCUGUUUUGAUAACACCUUCAAGGCCUGUUGCAAUUCAAAGUCCAACUUUGAUUUCUCCUAUGGAAUUGCCACUGAGUUCAGAAGCUGAGAAAAAUAAGCAGACUCCAAAACCGAAGUUGAAACCUUUGCAUUGGGACAAAGUAAGAGCAAGUUCUGAUCGUGAAAUGGUGUGGGAUCAGCUAAAAUCGAGCUCCUUCAAAUUAAAUGAGGAGAUGAUUGAAUCAUUGUUUGUUGUUAAUACCCCAAACUCGAAUCCAAAGGAACCGGCUCGACGUGCAGUUCUUCCCUCACCAAACCAAGAGAAUAGGGUGCUUGAUCCAAAGAAGUCGCAGAACAUUGCAAUUUCACUAAGGGCACUGAAUGUGACCGUUGAAGAAGUUUGUGAUGCCCUUCUAGAAGGCAAUGUUGAUACGCUUGGAACUGAGCUGCUUGAAUGUUUGUUGAAGAUGGUUCCAACUAAAGAGGAAGAACGGAAACUGAAAGAGUACAAAGAUGAUUCACCAGUCAAACUUGGACCUGCUGAGAGAUUUCUGAAGGCAGUGCUUGAAGUACCUUUUGCAUUUAAAAGGGUGGAUGCAAUGCUUUACAUAGCUAAUUUUGAUUCAGAGGUUGAGUACCUCAAAAAAUCUUUUGAAACUCUAGAGACAGCCUGUGAGGAACUAAGGAACAGCAGGAUGUUUUUGAAGCUUCUAGAAGCUGUACUGAAGACUGGGAACCGGAUGAAUGUUGGAACAAACCGAGGUGAUGCCCAUGCCUUCAAGCUUGAUACGCUUCUCAAGCUUGUUGACGUCAAGGGUGCGGAUGGGAAAACCACUCUGUUGCAUUUUGUCGUUCAGGAAAUAAUUAGAAGCGAAGGUGCUCGUCUUUCUGCUGCCAAUCAAAGUACAACAUCCACCUUAAAUGAUGAGAAGUGUAGGAAGCUAGGUCUACAAGUAGUAUCUGGUAUCAGUUUGGAGCUCACAAAUGUGAAGAAAUCUGCUGCCAUGGAUUCAGAUGUGCUUAACAGCGAUGUCUUGAAGCUUUCUAAAGGAAUUGCGAACAUAGCAGAGGUUGUACGGUUAAUCGAAGUGACAGGGUUAGAGGAAAGCAGCCGGAUAUUUUCUGACUCAAUGAACAAGUUUGUGAAAAUGGCUGAGGAGGAGAUUAUAAGGAUUCAAGCCCAAGAGAGUGUAGCGCUCUCUCUAGUGAAGGAAAUAACAGAGUACUUCCAUGGAAACUCAGCCAAAGAAGAAGCUCACCCAUUUAGAAUCUUCAUGGUGGUAAGGGACUUUCUAACAGUUCUCGACCGGGUCUGCAAGGAAGUUGGGAUGAUCAACGAGCGAACAAUAGUAAGUUCUGCCCAUAAAUUUCCGGUUCCAGUGAACCCGACACUGCCACCGGCUUUUAGUGGACUCCCUGGAAGGCGGCAAUACAGUUCCUCCGAUGACGAGAGUUCAUCUCCUUAAAGCUUCUGGUUCAUAUCAGUAUACCAUUUUUCCCUUUUGCCAAACUUAAUGUUAUCCACAGCUUGGCUGGACCAAAAACUUUGUAGCAGAGGCCUGCCUGUCACUAGAUAUAUGUAUUUUUAUUCUUUUUUGUAUUUAUAUAUAUAGAUCCAUGUAAAAGAUUUUGGAAAUUGUACGAGAAAGGAGAUUUUCUUAGGAGGGAGGGAGCAAGGCAGUCCCACCUGGAUGGUUUAAUCCAUCUGGGUAAAAAUGUAAAAAAUCAUGAAUCAAAGAAAGCUGUUCAUUUUAAGAA